UCAUUUCACAACUCCUCUCUUUUUCUCUCCUUUCUUCUUUCCUCCAAACCAAUCAAAUCUUCCCCUUUCUCCAACAUUUUUGGCACAUUUUUUCCCCUACAAAAAAUAAAAAAGACCAUAUUAUAAAAUUUAUAUAAUUAUAAAAUUAUAAUAUGGCACUUUUAUUUAAGAGAAAUAACAGCAAUAGUUAUGGUUACACUAUAAUGGAGAAAGAAGAUCCACAAGAUAGGAAACAAAGAGAGGCACAAUUUUUGAUAUACAAGACAUUGAAGCAAGCCGAUCAAAUUAUAGUGAAAAGACAAUCAAGACCUUCUUGGUUGAAGUUGAGAAUAUGUAAAUUGAAGGUUAGAAUUGGUAAGAGGUUUUUGAGGCUAAGGAAGAGUAUGUUGUCUAACAUGGUUAAGACUAAGACGGGUGUUUACAAACAUGUUAUGCUUCAACUUAAGAACUUCAAGCAAUUGUUUCGAGUUGGCGGUUGCGGUGGUGGUGGUGGUGGUGGUGGUGGUGUCUUCGUCCAUGAGGGUGGCGCCGGUAAUAUCGGCCGCCUUCCUCAGCCUUUGUUCACUUGAUCAUUCAAGAAUGAUUUGAUAAAACCAUUUUUAUUAAUUUGGUUGAUCUUUCUUCUCCAUCUUUUUGUUCAAACACUUGUGGUAAAAUGUCAAGUGAAUGCCAUUAAGCUUUUCCAAUAUAUAUAAUGUUUUAAUUUUCUUUUUUCUUUUCUUCAUUGAUGAGAAAAGUUAUAUGGGUAAUCCAAGUGAGAUAUAUAUGCUAGAGAUCAAAAUGAUUUACUUGCUCA